UGGAACAAGACGUGAUGUGAUAGUCAGAUUUAGAUUUUGUAUUUUUUAUUCGCUGACUAAAACAUUAGAUUCUUUAUGAAUCAUUACGAGUUGGCCAUCUGAUCCUCAGGAUUGCAUUCUUUCAUAUUGAUCGUGCUUAUUUUCUUAUUUGUUUCUAUAUUAACGAUGGAGAUGGAAGACAAAGGCGCAGAUUGAGUACUGGUGGGUUACUGUGCGUUUCUCUUGCUGCUGUGCUUCGGAGAGCAGGUUUCAGCACAGAAAGGUACUCUAUUCCAGAGGAGGUGAAAGAGGGAUCUGUUGUUGGAAAUGUUGCUAAGGAUUUGGGUCUUGACGUCAGUACUUUGGUGGAGAGACGGUUUCGUAUUGUUUCUGGAUCUAAAGAAGAUAUUUUCCAGGUAAAUCAGAACAAUGGCGUCUUGUAUGUUCAUAAGAAUAUCGACAGAGAGGAGCUCUGUGAUGGCAAUAUUGCAUGUUUGAUAAACCUGAAAAUGGUUGUUGAAAAUCCGUUAGAAAUACAUUACGCCGGAAUAGAAAUCACGGACGUCAAUGAUAACUCGCCCAAUUUCCAAGAGAAAGACAAACUAGUUGAUAUUUCGGAAUCUACUCUUUCUGGCAAGCGACUCCAGUUACCAGCCGCGCGUGAUCCUGAUGUUGGCGUUAAUGCAGUACGUGUCUAUAAAUUGAGUCACAAUGAACAUUUUGAUUUGCAAAUAAGAGAAAGAGGAGAAGAUAAAAUUCCAUUCUUAGUUUUACAAAAACCCUUGGAUAGAGAGAAACAAUCUGAACACAGACUAGUUUUAACUGCAGUCGAUGGUGGAAGUCCACAGAGGUCAGGGACUCUUAAUGUCACUAUCACUGUUCUCGAUUCGAAUGACAACAAUCCUGUAUUUAGUCAUGAGGUAUACUCGGUCACAUUGCCUGAAAAUGUCCAACCCGGAACUAUUGUACUCAACGUUAAGGCAACAGAUUUGGACGACGGUUCCAAUGGUGACGUUGAAUAUUUAUUUGGUAGUGAACUUCUUCCCAAGAUAUAUGAUGUAUUUAGUUUAGAUAAAGCUACAGGUGCAAUUCGUGUUAAAGGUUACGUUGACUUCGAGGACAUUGAUACAUAUAAACUAGACGUCCAUGCCACUGACAAAGGGCAGCCCCCAAUGAGUACGGAUUGUAGAGUCAUUAUAAAGAUACUCGAUUUAAACGACAAUAAACCCGAAAUAGAGGUGACGUCCCUCUCUAGUAUGGUGUCAGAAGAUUCAAAACCAGGAACUAUUAUUUCUCUAAUUAGUGUGACAGAUAAAGACUCUGGUAUUAAUUGUAAAGUUUUGUGCGGUCUUUCAGACGACGUACCUUUCGAAUUAAAGCCCUCAUACCAAGAUAAUAUGUAUUCUUUAGUGACCAAACAACGCUUGGAUCGUGAACUCGUGUCCCAUUAUGACAUCACAAUAACAGCCACUGACUGUGGUCAGCCUCCUCUGUCCACAUUCAAAACUAUAGGCGUCCAGAUAUCAGAUGUAAACGAUAACAGUCCCGAAUUCUCCCAAAACUCGCUUGAGCUCUACUUAGUGGAAAAUAACGCUCCUGGUGCAUCCAUAUUCUCUGUAAGCGCUUCUGAUAAAGACUUGAAUGAAAACGCCGCGAUUUCAUAUCACAUUGUUAGAGGUGAAGGGACACAGAAUGAUAUGGCAUCUUUUUUAAAUAUCAAUUCUGAUAAUGGCCAUAUCUCCGCGCUCAAAAGCUUUGACUUUGAAACUUUGAAAACAUUCAAAUUCCAAGUUGCAGCUACAGACUCUGGAACUCCGUCUCUAAGCAGUGACGUCACAGUCAACGUGUUCAUUCUGGAUCAGAACGACAACGCUCCAGUGAUAUUGUAUCCAGUCAGCGCUAACGGUUCUGCUGAAGGUGUGGAGGAGAUUCCCCGCAAUGUGAACGCAGGCCAUUUGGUGACUAAAGUGAGAGCCUUGACGCUGAUAUAG